AUGGCUUCGCCUCUCCUUGCUGCGCGGGUAGCCCGCAAGGCUGCUUUAAAUGUCGCCGGCAAGCGAUUCCUUUCCGAUAUUUCCAUUACUCGAACUGGCAAGCCCAUCAUGCGUGUUGAGGGUGGCCGGUACGACGAUCGAGCUACAAUGACCGCGAACGACACUAACGAAGAGCAACCAGGCCAUACCGUUACCGUAUUUGGCGCAACUGGCCAACUAGGACGAUACAUUGUCAACCGACUGGCUCGCCAGGGAUGUACCGUCGUCAUUCCCUACCGUGAGGAGAUGGCCAAGCGUCAUCUCAAGGUCACUGGAGAUCUCGGCCGUGUUGUCUUCAUUGAGCACGAUCUUCGAAACACCCCUUCAAUCGAAGCCAGUGUGCGACACUCGGAUGCUGUUUUCAACCUGAUCGGCCGUGAUUAUCCAACCAAGAACUUUUCCUUGGAGGAUGUGCACGUCGAGGGUACCGAGCGAAUCGUUGAGGCUGUCUGCAAGUAUGAUGUCGACCGAUAUAUUCACGUUUCGUCCCACAGUGCCAACUCUCAGUCCACCUCGGAAUUCUAUCGCACAAAGGGCCGAGCCGAGGAGGUUGCCCGCAACCUUUUCCCAGAGACCACUAUCGUCCGCCCUGCCCCCAUCUUUGGUUUCGAGGACAACCUCUUGCUGAAGCUGGCUGGUGUUACUAACCUUUUCACUUCCAACAACAUGCAAGAGAAGUUCUACCCCGUUCAUUCCAUUGAUGUCGGUGCUGCUCUCGAGAAGAUCUUCUUCGACGACACCACUGCUGGACAGACCUUCGAGCUUUACGGACCCAAGAAGUACAGCAUGGAGGAAAUUUCUGUUAUGGUUGACAAGGAGAUUUACAAGCAGAGACGACACGUUAACGUGCCAAAGGCUAUUCUGAAGCCUGUUGCUGAGCUGCUGAACAAGGUGCUUUGGUGGCACACUCUGUCAGCUGAUGAGGUUGAGAGAGAGUUCUUGGACCAAGUCAUCGACCCCAAGGCCAAGACCUUCAAGGACCUCGGCAUCGAGCCUGGUGACAUCAUCAACUUCACCUACCACUAUCUGCAAGGAUUCCGAAGCCAGAACUACUACGAUCUUCCCCCUGCGACAGAGAAGGAGAAGCGGGAAGAGAAGAAGUACAUCCACGUCCUGGACGAAUUUCGUACAUCGAGACAAGAAGAGAGUCUCAACCACAACUUUCCGAUGUCUUUUGAUGAUGAAGAACCUAUAAGCCUCUCGAGUCACGCCCUGACCGCGUUAGCCGAAUUCCACGCCGAAAAAGAUGCCCAUGAAAAGACGUUCCAGAAGUUGAGGACCGGCGCCGCCCCCAGAGCCGGAGCCGGACUCGGGGUGGUCGAACCGGAGGAUGAGGACCCCAUAGCAGAAGACGUGGACGACCAGCCGCUGAGCAUGGCCGCCUUUACGGAGGACUGGAACGAAUCGCAAUUCUGGUUCCUGGACGAAACUGCCUUUGCCCUGGCCGAUCAGCUCCUCGAUGGUGCAUCGUCGAGUUCAACAAUUGGUGUGGUGUCGACACCAAGUGUGUUCAUUGCGCUUAAGAACCGUCUUAGGUUCUGGCCUGUCCAAGAUCGACCAAAGUUGGUGUUGUUUGAGCAUGACCACCGGUUCAGCGUGUUCCCUGAAUUCAUUUUUUACGACUUCCAACGACCUCUCCAACUUCCACAUAACCUGAAGGGCAGCUUGGACAGUGUUAUUAUUGACCCUCCUUUCUUCAGCAAUGAUUGUCAGACAAAGUUUGCCCUGACCGGCCGCUGGCUAAUCAAACCAAAUUCGCCCCGUGUCAUUGUUUGCACUGGCGAGCGAAUGGCUCCCAUCAUCGACAAGCUUUAUAGCUCUGUCGGAGUCUACCCAACCACGUUUGAGCCUGCCCAUGCAGGCUUAAGCAAUCACUACUACUGCUACGCCAACUUCGAGAGCUCGACCUGGGACUGGCGAUCGGAUGAAUCCGAUUAG